AUGAAUAUGAUAAAGUAAAAAGUAAUUCCUGAUAUCGCAGAUUUAAAUAACUAAUACUUGGCUAAUGAAGAACUCAUUUAUUCUGUAAAAAAUCAGCAUAAUUCUGUCGUCGAGGACAAUAUUGGUUUUGCAUACUUCGUCAUAAACUCCCCUGAUAAAUAAUAAUCAAGACAAGCACAGCUCACUUAAUAUAUAAAGGAAUCUGAAUAAUUUUAAUACAAUCAAAGAUACUUUAUAAGUAAAGACAUACCCAAGGAGAAGCAUAUUCCGAUAAUGGGUUAUGCUCAUAACUUUUACCCAGCAAUCUUUGAUGAUCACAAUAGUACCAAUUAUAAUUGUCAAAUAUGCAAUGAAGGUCUUACAAAACAUCAAGAACAUUUUGAAUUUUUCCGUUCUAAUUUGAGUUAAAAACCGCGCAAAAAAAGACUUCAUUCUUUCAGUGAACAUGAAAAAAAUGAUCUCGUAAUGGAGAGCAAAGAAAUAUUGGACUAAAAACUAAGAUAUUAGAGGGUGAACAGAGAAAUUUUCAAAAGUAAUGAUAAAACAUUCUUCUGCGAUGUGUGCUACCUUGACUGUGAACUUGAUAGCAUAGUUUUCCUAGAUUGCGGGCAUUAUUACUGUAAAUACUGUCUCAAAGACUACUUUGAGGUAGCUGUUGAAUAAACAGGAUUGGUGCAAAAACUCAAAUGCCCAAGUUCAUAAUGCGAUUACAAAAUAGAUUAGACAUAGAUUUAAAGUUUACUAUCAAAAGAUUCAUUUGAGAAAUUCAAAAGACUCAUGAUAAACUAUGAAGUGAGUAAACAGCCUAACAAAAGGUUUUGCCCUUUUCCUGGUUGUGAAAAUAUAGUCAGUGGCAAGAAAGGGUAAACCAAGACACUUUGUGACAAAUGUCAUAGAAACUUUUGUUAUUCAUGCUAGAUCCCAUGGCAUCUUGGUAAAUCCUGUGAAAAGGCAUAGAAAGAUCUCUAUCAAGGAUGGGCAGUCAAUAUCAGGGCACAUAAGUGUCCAAAGUGCAAUACACCUAUCGAAAAAAAUGAAGGGUGCAAUUAAAUGACGUGUUAUGUUUGUAGAUAUGAAUAUUGUUGGUAGUGCGGACUACCAAUGAACCACUUUAUACAUAAAGAUUAAUAUAGUAAUCCACUGAGCUGCUAGCACAUCCCAAACACUAAAGCAGGAUGGACAUGCAGAUCUGUAUUAUUUGUGCUGGGUUUCAUCAUUAUUCCCAUACUUUUACUCGUAGCUCCUUUGAUUUAUGGUUUAAUACUGGGAGGUAUGCUUGGUUAUGAAUGUUUGAGAGCUGUAAAGAAAAUUGAGAAUAUGUGUUGCAAACUAUUCUUAUUCAUUUCAGGGAUACCGCUAUUAUUUCUACUAAUAGGAUUAGGUAGCAUAUUCGGAGGUGCAGUCGGGGCUGUAAUGCUGCCUGUAUUGCUGAUUCCUGCUUAUGCUUAUCACUUGUUUGUUUUCUGCCGGAUACUUCACUGGUGGAACAGAUCGAGAAUAAAGUAGUGA